AUGGAGGCGAAAUUGCAAUCGCUCAAGGUGCCAGAGUUAAAGGAGCUGCUUCAAGCGGCGGACCUACCCGUGUCUGGGAACAAGGCUGAGUUGAUCAAGCGUCUGCUUGAGAACCCCAAGUCCACAGCAUCCCUGGAAACUGAGCCUGCAAACACGCAGCCAACAGAGCAGACAGAGACUACCGCUGCUACUAUCGCCAAGGAGAAUGCGCCUCAGUCCACGGAGAAGCAGGGCGCGCAACCGCCAGCUUCGUCCGAACCCACUAUGGAAACACGCACGAAGGCGCUCCUGGAAGAGCUUGAGAAGCGAAAGGCGCGUGCCAUCCGCUUCGGGCAGCCUUACGAAGAACUGGAGAAAAGGAUUAAUCGAAUCCACAAGUUUGGCAUGGAGGCAGAGGACGAGGGAGACACGGGCCGCCUCGACAGUGAGCUGAAGAAAGGUAAGCCGAAAUCGGCCGCUUCUCAGGCGCCUGCUAAGGCGUCUGUGCCUAGUCCCGCGCCUAAAGAGUCUGCCGUGGAACCUGAGGAGCUAGAGCGACGAAAGCGCCGUGCUGAGCGCUUUGGCUUGGUUCCCGCGGACAGCUCGGAGAAAAAGGCGCGUGUAGCAUAG